AGCCGCUCCCCGCUGGGGCCCCUAUUGCCCUCAAUCAAUGACGAAUGACCGCUCUGAUGGAUACAGAUCAAGGAAGAGAACUCGUGGCGUAUGCCACAGAGAAGCCCUCCCCUUCGAUGGCAACGGCAUCAACAUCGGGAGCUCCUUCUCCCGACGCUGCUGAUGUGGUCGAUCCUCUCGAGUAUCUCCAUCUCGCAGGCAUGAUCGGAGCCAUCCGAUCGGUCCCAGAGGAUCUCGAGUGGAUCGAUCGCGAAUCCAAUCCAGGACCGCAGUUUCGGACAGGAGACAUUGAUGUACUGAAAACGCUCAAGCAGUUAGACAUCCACCCUGUAGGGCAUCUGCUCACCAUAUCUGAAGCAGCGAACGAUAAACUUUUACAAUACUGCCAGAAAAAUCAAAAGUGUUUCACCUACCAACGCAUACAAUGGAUGUUGAAAAAACAAGAAGAAACUGAGGAAGUGGUCUCCCCUGAGCCGGACACUAAAGAACCUGAAGCCGCACGCAUCAUAGCCGCCAUCUCUUUAGCCGAAAAGGAUCACUUCAUACGAGCUUGGCCAUUACUAUGGAAAAGUGCGGAAUGUGACUGUGAAGUUUGGGGCACGUGGCAAUGGAUUCGAUGUCCGAUUGGUAUUUGCAAUGUCCCUGCGACUUUUCAGCGAGCCAUGAAUAUGGUUUUUCAGAACUUUGUACGGAAGACUCUUUUGGCGCAGAGCAUCAUCAACUACUGCGUGAUUGUGUACAUGAAUGACAUCUUGGUGUAUUCGAGCUCCUAUGAAGGACACGUGCCGCAUAUCGAAUGCGCACUGCAUGCGUUACGAAAUGUCUGUUUCAAGGUGGCGCUUGAGAAGAUUCAGUUUUUCCUCACCACCAUUUCCUUCCUAGGACACGUGGUGACAGAUAAGGGACUCCAACCGGAGUCGCAGAAGGUGGCAGCUGUCAGAGACGCGCUACUGUGGCGCGAAAAUUUUGAGGAGCUGUCCUUCUGCUUGGCCCGAGUACAAGUGAAGUGGACGGGCACUACCGAGUACCCCACGAGGAUCGAGAACCCGGAGCUGCUGAUCAUACAGGGUUGGAGGACUAACGCGGAAGGAGACCUCAUUGGAUUCCUCUUUGGAUCGGUGCGACCGGGUCGCCGUCAGUUGAUUGCACAAGAGCUGAUCGCACCGAUCGUGCAAUUGGCAGACGAUCUCUCGCCCGACAUCUACUUUCAGAGUGACAAUAGUCCUGGUCCGUACAUUUUCGAGCGAUCCUUGGAUCCGUACCUUCAGUGGACUUUGUGCUUGGAGGAACCUAGGGACGAGGAUACACUACUAUCGCGGCAGAAGUAUCUGAAGCCGUACGAGAUUCCUUACGCCUUCUACCCGAGGGCAAAAGAAGUGGUGAUCAAUGACGACGACGAAGAAGAGGGCGACGACGAGGAAACAUCGGAGGAGGGAAACUAUAGUGAACAUAGCAAGGGCGAGCUAAGUGAAGAGGAAGAAGAAGAAAAAGAAGCCAGGUUUGAGCGGGAAGCCCCGCCGGAGGAAGCAACGUGUACGGGAACGGAGGCGGAAGAUCAGGAAGCGGCGCAGAAGCGCGAAGAAAUUGCCUCCGGAAAGCGCCAGCUGGAGUUUGCCAGUGAAGCUAGCCUGCGCCUCCGUAACGAUCCGACCCAGGGACCAGAGCCGCCGAAGCCCGAAGAUGGCCACCCUGCAGCCGCCACCUCCAGUACCGCGCGACGGAGAUGGCGCCGAUCCCCCUCCUCCUCCAGCCCCACCCGUCCCCCAGUUCGCCCACGUACCGAUGCGGGCGAUAGGCGUUCGUCCUCGGACGCUGUCCCGCCGACCCCUUGAUUUCCUCACCCUCGAGCAGAUCCGUACCCCCGUUACCUUCCCUCCCCAUC